AUGGCGGCGGCGGCGGCGGCUGCGGCUCCUCCCGCUUCCCCGCCGGGCCCCGCGUCUUCACCGGGCCCCUCAUCGCCGCCACCGCGGCCCCGUUCGCCGCCGCCGCCCCCCCCCUCAAGAUGUCGGCGGCGGGCCGGUCGCGCGCGGCGUGACGUAGUCAGGCCCCGCCGGCGGGAGGGGGGCGGGGGAGAGGCCGGAGCGGCGCAGGCGGCGGGACCGGGACCGGGACCGGGACAAGGACCGGGAGCAGCACCGGGACUCGCAGCAGGAGCGGGCAGGACUCCGGGCCGCUUCUUCAGGACGCCAUGGCCCCGGCGCGGAGGUGGCGGCGGUGCCGCUGAGCGGGAGCGGCCCCGCGGGCGCGGCCCCGGGGGCCCGGUCCGGUUUUCGGCGGAGUGCCGGCGCCGCGCGCCGUUCCGAUCGGCUCCGCCGCCUCGCCGCGGGAUGGACGAGAGCGUGCCGGCGUUCUCCGAGCGCCGCGCCGGCGGAGGCAGAGCCCUCCCCAUGUCCCCCGAGACCGACCCGGAUGGUUUCGGCGAGCCGGAACGUUCCGGAACCGCCUUCCUUCGAGAUGCCAAAACGGCGCCGGAGAGCGCGGCGCCGUCCGGCGCCGAGACGGAGCUGGAGGAGGAGGAGGAGGAGACGUUCUACGGCGUGGAGGAGCUGGUGGCCGUGAGCCGCCAGGGCAAGGGGCCCGAGCUCAGGGACGAGCCUGAUUUCUUCUCGCUGGCCCGGCACGAGCCCGACGUGGCCCUGGAAGCGCACGACGAGGCCGAUGAGCCCGACCCCGCCCUGUCCGGAGCCGUCCCGGCCGCGCCGCACCGGACACAGCUCGGCCCCGGUGCCGAGGAUCCCCCGGAAUUCCGGCGGGCGCCGUUCCGGCUGGAGCUGCGGGGCGUGGCCGCGGCCGUUGCCGCGUCCUGGGACGUGUCCGGCCGGCCGGGACAAGAGACGGAUAAAAGCACUUUAGAGAGAGCGUCCGGUUCCGAGGAACGUCCGGCAUCGCCGUUCUCCCUGCUGGACCCGGCCGAGCCGCCGGACAGCGACCGGGAGGAGCCGGAAUCCGGAACCGCGGCGCUGGAAUCUCCCAAACCUCCACCGGAAGAGGAGGAAGAGGAAGAAGAGGAAUAUCCCCGAAAUGAACCAAAGCAACCGGAAGGGCUCGGCACGGAGCAGCCGGAAAAAUCUCGGAGAGGAGUCCAGAGGUUGGAGUGGAUCUCCAGGACCACCAGGAGUCCGAGCCCGGCGUUCCAGGAUCUCCACCAAGUGCCGGAUGUCGCGUCCGGCUCGGUUUUCCACCGGGAAACCACGCCGGCGUUCCGAAAAUCGCUGCUGUCCAAAUCCAAAUCCAAAACCAAACCCUCGGAGAUCCACCGAGCCGAAGCGGAUUUUCCCGGUCUGGACGCCGCACCCGAAUGGACGCUGCCAAAACUCGACGUGGUGGGUAAACAGUCGUGGACGGUGAACGCCGAGGAUUCCGUGGAGCGAUUGCUGCCGGCGCCGGACUCGGCGCCGUGCGGUUCCUACGCGGUGGAGGUGCAGCCGUACGUGGUUCUGGAAGAUCCAACCAAAACGGAAGAGUCGGAGCAGGACGACAACGCCGGCGUGUUCACCUGCAUCGAGUGCAGCGUUUAUUUCCGCCGUAAAGAACACCUGCUGGAGCACAUGCUCCAACACAACCGCGGCGCCCAGCGCGGCGCCGACGCCGCCGGUCAGUGCCGGUUCUGCUGCGGCGAGUGCGGUUGGGCGUUCGGCGACCCGGCGGCGUUGGAGCAGCACAAGAGGUUGCACCGAGAAUCUCGGGAAAAAAUCAUCGAGGAGAUCCAAAAGCUGAACGAGUUCCCGGAUGAAGGGCGGGACGCGCGGCUGCAGUGCCCCAAAUGCGUUUUCGGCACGAACUCUUCCAAAAUCUUCGUGCAGCACGCCAAGAUGCACGUCAAGGAGAGGAAGGAGCACGCUUCCAGGAGCGCCGGGAUUUUCGGAGAGCUCCGCGACGGCGCCGGGCACGGUCUCUACAAACCUUUCCACGCCGAGGAGCUGCCGGCGGCCGCGGCGCCGCCCGGCAAAACGCCGAGCGCCUGCGUCCUGUGCGGCUUCCCGGCGCCCAACGAGCACGUCCUCAAGGAGCACCUCGGAUACGCCCAUUCCCACUUUUCCUGGCAACCCGACGCCUUCCAGGACGAUCCCAACCAGCCCGGCACCAGCCGCGAUUCCUACAGCCCCACCCGACCCACCGUGGAAUUUUUCGGCAAAACCGAGCGGCUUUUCCCGCCCCCGUCCCGGGAAAGCUCGUCGCUUUACGAUCCCACCUUCGGGUUGGGCCACGCGAGGUCGGACAAAAGCAACGGAGCCACCAAGAAGGAUCCGCAGGGGUUCCAGCACGCCAGGAAAGCGGCGCCGUAUUCCCAACCGAACCUGGGUUUUGCCGGAUUUUCCUCACCCAAAGUUUAUUCCCACUCAACCUUGCAGCUGUUGAGGAAGAGAGCGGCCACCCAACAGCUGGAAGAGGACGGGGAAAACCUCCGGGAUCACCACGAGGAACGGCGGCGCUCGUGGGCGCCGCCCUGCGACGGCGAGGAGGAGGAGACGGAGCUCGGCGGCGCCGCCGCCGUUCCGCCGGCGGCGUUGGAACUCAAGAGAGCGUUCAGGGCGACCUUGAGGAGCACGGAGGCGGCCACGGAGGAACAACGCCGCCAAUUACGGAUGACGGUGCCCGUGGUGGUGCUGGAAGAGUUGACCGGGCGCGCCAAAACCGCCAAAAGACCGCGGGGGAAACCGCCCAAGAAAAAACCUCCGCCGGCGCGGGACGCGGCGCUGGAAGAACACCUUCCUUUGGACGUUCUGCUGUUGGAUUCGCCGCUGGAAGGUCCCCUGGAACUGGAGGAGCUGCUGGGGUCCGAGUCCGCCAUGCUGAAGAACGAGGAGAGGAAAUGUCCGUACUGCCCCGACCGAUUCCACAACGGCAUCGGCUUGGCCAACCACGUGCGGGGCCACCUGAACCGCGUCGGCGUCAGCUACAACGUGCGGCACUUCAUCUCGGCCGAGGAGGUCAAGGCCAUCGAGCAGAAGUUCUCCUUCCAGAAGAAGAAGAAAAAAGUGGCCAACUUCGACCCGGGCACCUUCAGCCUGAUGCGCUGCGAGUUCUGCGGCGCGGGUUUCGACACCAGGGCGGGGCUGUCGAGCCACGCCCGCGCUCACCUGCGCGAUUUCGGCAUCACCAACUGGGAGCUCACCGUGUCCCCCAUCCACAUCCUCAAGGAGCUCCUGGCCACCUCCUCCGAGAACCCCGCGCUGCUCCGGGCGCUGGUCCCGUCCCCCGGCGAUCUCCGGGAUCCCGGCGAUCCCAACCGGGAUCACAGUUGGGAUCAGAGCCGGGAUUUCGACCUCGAUCAGAACCGGGAUCAGAACUGGGAUCCUCACCGGGAUCCUGGAGAUCCUCACCGGGAUCUUCACCGGGAUCUUCACCGGGAUCUUCACCGGGAUCCUCACCGGAAUUUGGCGUCGCCGUUCCCGCCGGGCUGGGCCGGGGACGAGCUCCUGCUGCCCUACAGGAACGUGCUGGCUCCUGACCAGGACGAUCUGGUGGCCGUGGAGGUGACGUCCCCUCCUCCCAUCCCCAAAAAAAGCUCAGCCCUGGAGCCCCCCCCGCCCCGCCUGGGCUCCAAGCUGUCCCCAGAGCCCCCCGGCAGCAAAGCUGAGCCCCAGGAUUCCAAAGCCCCCAGCCUCACCACCUGCGAGGUUUGCGGCGCCUGCUUCGAGACCCGCAAGGGCCUGUCCAGCCACGCCCGCUCCCACCUGCGCCAGCUCGGCGUCGCCGAGUCCGAGAGCUCCGGCGCUCCCAUCGACCUCCUCUACGAGCUGGUCCGGCACAAAACCAAACCCGACGGCGCCGCCUUGGCCAAAAAAUCGGCGUCUCCCAAAGAUCCGCCGGCGCCCCGACCUCUCCUGCUCCUCCCCAAAUCCGAGGGCUCGGUGAACAAAGCCAUAAAAUCCCCGCCGGGCUUUUCCAAGUGCCUGGCGCAGCCCGGUUCUCCCGGCGCGGUCAAGAAGGUGCCGGCGGCGUUGCCGGCGUCGCCGAAAGGCUCCGAGGAGAAAGGGGCCAAGUUGGGGCUGAGCCCCCUGCCCGCCGAGCCCAGCUGGGUGGGAGAGGAGGAUGGGCCGCUCAAUCUUAGUGAGUGGGGGUUAAUUGGGGUUUAA